AAUUUCUAUAGGUCUUUUUAAACGUACCUAUUGUGAGUUCUUAUUUUUUAUUUCACUAUUCUGUAAACACUAAAUAGUAUUUUUGUAAACAAGUAAUACAACAAAUAUAUAAUAGAAAUAAAUCAUACUUAUUAGUUUAGUAGGUACUAGUUGAAAUGAAUGAAAAUGAAGAUGAAGCAGCGACAUUCUGUGAUUCAACGGCUUCAUUGGUGGAAGGAUGUCGAAUGCCAGUCCGAAUGCAAGGUGGAGACGAUUGGCCUCUAGCCGAAAUAAUCAGUAUUAAAGAAGUACGGGGACAGAGAGAAUAUUAUGUUCAUUAUGUUGAUUAUAACAAAAGAUUGGACGAAUGGGUUGAAGAGUCAUGGUUGGACACCCGGAAGGUUAUAUUUCCAAGACGAGAUGGGGCACCCGCUGCGGGCACAACAACACCAAAGAAAACCCAUAUAGGAUCAGGAGGUGGCGUGAUGCCUACUUUUCUUAAUGAUAGUUUCUGCAGUGAAAUCCAGAAGUCACAUAGCAAUAGAGAAACACACUCAAUUCCACCAAAACAACCCGAGAAAACUCAUAUUAACCACACUCCUAAUGGCUCCUCAGUUAGAAAUGCACCUGUUACCACGCUGGAACCUCGCCAGUUGAUAUCACGACCGGCGAGUCCGACUCUGGUCAAUGAGUCGUCAUCGCUAGUCAACGGUGGUGCGGUCUUAGUCGCAGCCCUGCAGAAGAAGAUGAGCAGGAAACGCAAGGCGAACUCACUCGACAAUGAUAUUAUGGAGCCAGUAGACUCCCUUGAUGGCGGAGAGCCCGUGGUAAGUGGCACUGCCACUCCCACCACCAGACCGAGGACUUCUGGCAGUAUGGUGGCGCAUGGCCAUGAUGACCUGGUCACCAGAAUGAAGAAUAUCGAGAUGAUUGAGCUGGGCAGGCAUCGGAUUCGGCCAUGGUAUUUCGCGCCCUAUCCGCAGGAAAUGGUAAAUCUACCCUGCAUUUACAUAUGUGAAUUCUGUUUGAAGUAUCGGAAAAGUAAAAAAUGCCUGGAACGACAUCUGAUCAAAUGCAAGUUAAAACAUCCGCCCGGCAACGAGAUAUACAGAAAAGGCAGUAUAUCCUUUUUCGAGAUAGAUGGAAGAAAAAACAAGUGUUAUGCCCAAAAUCUAUGUUUACUGGCGAAACUGUUCCUGGAUCACAAGACCUUGUACUAUGACACGGAUCCAUUCUUGUUUUAUGUUAUGACCGAAGUUGAUUCUAGAGGGUUUCACAUCGUGGGUUAUUUUUCAAAAGAAAAAGAGAGCACAGAAGACUACAAUGUAGCUUGUAUACUUACACUGCCGCCGUACCAGAGGAAGGGAUAUGGAACACUACUAAUAGAAUUUAGUUAUGAACUGUCAAAGUUUGAAGGUAAAACUGGUUCCCCCGAGAAACCCCUGUCAGAUUUGGGACUGCUGUCUUACAGAAGUUAUUGGGCUCAAACAAUACUCGACAUCCUGAUAAGCAUAAAACCUGUAGGUGAUAACGAAAAACCCAUUAUAACGAUAAAUGAAAUUUGCGAGUUGACCAGCAUUAAGAAAGAGGACGUCAUAAGUACGCUGCAGAACUUGAAUCUUAUCAACUACUACAAGGGACAGUAUAUUAUUUCAGUCAACCGGGAAACAAUAGAACAACACGAAGCAGCCAUGGAGAAGAAGUUGUUACGAAUCGACCCCAAAUGCUUGCACUGGACGCCGAAGGACUGGUCGAAGCGAGCGAAAUGUGUUUGAAUGCAGACAGCAUCGGAGGCCUCAACAUAUGUCUGUAGGUAAGUAAUAAAAUCUUCACCGCGCCCAACACUGAAAUGUGGAUACCUAUCUGUACAAGUUAUGUAUAGUAGUAUUUUUGUAAUGAAUAAAAAAUCUCUAAAUU